GGAGAGUAAAGAAAACACGGAAACUUUGCGAUCAACCAUCCGUCCCGCAGAAUCAUCAAUUGGCACACACAACUUGCGUGCUACACCAGCGGAUCUUAUACAAAGCACAAGUAGUAACUUCGACGAAGCUUCCUCGAGACAACCGCAGCAAUGGCCGCCGAGAAGCCCGAUAAGAAGGAGAAGAAGGACAAGAAGAGAAGCGACGAGUCCGGCAUCUCCAAGCCCAAGAAGGAGAAGAAGGAUAAGAAGGACAAGAAGGAGAAGCUCGCCGCCGCCCUCGAGGAGAAGGUCCAGCAGGAUGCUCCCGUCGCCGUCGCCGCUGCCAAGAACGAUGACUCCGAUGCUGAGGAGGAGAAGGCCGAUGAGCUGCCUCUUGAGCGUGUCGUUGUUCCCUUCGCCAUCCCCGUCGCAGAUGACAAGGGCAUGAAGAAGGUCUACAAGACCAUCCGCAAGGCUGCCAAGAACAACACCCUCAAGCGCGGUGUCAAGGAGGUCGUCAAGACCCUCCGAAAGUCUGCCCCCUCCGGUCCUGGCAACACCUCUUUCCCCGGUGUUGUCAUCAUCGCCGGCGACAUCUCCCCCAUGGACGUCAUCUCCCACCUCCCCGUUCUGUGCGAGGACCACAACGUUCCCUUCAUCUUCGUCACUUCGCGCGCUGAGCUCGGCGCCGCUGCCAAGACGAAGCGACCUACAUCCGUCGUCAUGAUCAUGGAGAAGGCUGAGGGCAAGAAGUCCAAGGACAAGUCUGCCGACAAGGACGGCGAGGAUGACGGUGAGGCGUUCGGCGAGAGCUACGCUUCGCUCGUCAAGUACGUGCAGAAGGAGUACGGCAAGCAGGCUUUCUGGGUCAAGGGCGGAUCCAAGUACUAGUGGAAAGACCGUCAGACACAAGAGAGUGCUGUAUCAGGAAAGGGUGGUGCCAUUAACAAGAAAGGCAAGAAGAGGAAGAGGUGUUAGAACAAGUCUGGGUGUAUUUAUACCAGAAAGAUCCAGCCCGAGAACAAUGGCAGGAUGAGGGCUUUGGCGGCGUUCAGGUUUAGCUAUUGCAUUAAAAAUGGGAUAUGAUUACAACAAGUC